CACCGCCUGUCUAUCUAUCAAAACCCCCACGAGCUCACGUGCGUUCAACAUCGUUCUAACACACCAUCUGGUUUUUUGCUCCUCCCGUCUGAUCUGAGACCGGAAGGAUGCUGCUGCUCCCGAUGCUGCUGCGGCUGCAAGGAGGAGGAGAGAGGAGGUGAGCGCAUUUGGAAGAGCGGCUUUCUCUCCAAAGCUCCUCCUCUGUCGUCAGUGAGUGAGCGGUCACAUUUUUAUUUAUUUUUUUGCUGAAUGAGAGCAAGAGGGCACCGGAGAGGAUUUCCUGAUCGGAACCCGGGCCCCGCUGUUGUUUUGUCGCCUCUGUCUAAGCUGAGGCUGAUAUGAUGACAUCAUUUGGCGAACCAGAUCCUGGACAGCACCUGAAACCUUCUCAACUCGUUUGAACCUGGGUAGAAGGCGAUGUGUUGUCUCCGAUAGAUCCUGCUCCCUCACUCUGCCCUACUACCUGCUGAGAGUGAGGACACCAAGUGCUUCUCAGUUAUGGGUUCAAAUCAACUCAACAUGGACUAUCCAGAGCGAAGACUUCUGCUAGGUCCGACCAGGAAGCAGCUGGGUCGGAAGUGUCCGCGGAAAAAGCUAAGGCCAGUGCGGAUCCUAGGGUUGGUUGUUAGCCUGGUGGCCUUAAGUGUUGUCUCCAUCAGUGCCUUGGCCAUAAGUUCAUAUGGUCCCAGAGAGUCAGAGCUCCCCGAGGAGACCCUUCACCAAUCGGCCCCUCAUAGGACCCUUCUCUUCACCCAGCACCAGCAAGACCCAAAUGUGUCAGCUGACAUGCCCAUAGCCAUGAAAUCUACAGCAGAUGGCAACGAGACACAGGGGGAUUACCCACCAGACCUUUUUAGCCUGGCCGAAAGGCGCCAAGGAGCCGUGGUCCUCCACAUGUUUGGCAUGAUCUACAUGUUCAUUGCCUUAGCCAUUGUGUGUGAUGAGUUCUUCGUCCCAGCGCUGACAGUGAUCACGGAGAAGUUCUCCAUUUCUGAUGAUGUGGCAGGUGCCACCUUCAUGGCAGCAGGUGGUUCGGCUCCAGAGCUCUUCACCUCCAUCAUCGGCGUCUUCAUCUCACACAGCAACGUGGGCAUCGGGACCAUAGUGGGCUCGGCCGUCUUCAACAUCCUCUUCGUCAUCGGAAUGUGCGCCAUCUUCUCCAAGGAGAUCCUCAACCUGACGUGGUGGCCACUGUUCCGCGACGUGUCCUUCUACAUCCUGGAUCUGAUCAUGCUCAUCAUCUUCUUCCUGGAUAACACCAUCUCGUUUUGGGAAAGCAUCAUGCUGCUCACAGCCUACGCCGCCUACGUGAUCUUCAUGAAGUGCAACAGCAAAGUCGAGGGCUUCGUCAAAGGUUGCAUGCACAAGAACCAAGUCGUGGAAGUGGAGGUGCAGCCCAAGGAUGAGAAGGCAAGUCCUGUGGCGCCUGAGGAUGAUGGCAAGUUGUCGGCCAGGCCUCGCCUUCAAAGGGGAGGUAGUUCAGCCUCCCUGCACAACAGCUUGAUGAGAAACAGCAUUUUCCAGCUGAUGAUUCACACGCUGGACCCUUUAAGUGAAGAAUUUGCUGAUUCUGAGCUUGGGACUUAUGGGAAACUAAAAUAUUAUCACUCAAUGACUGAGGAAGGUAAAUUUCGAGAGAAGGCAUCCAUUCUUCACAAGAUUGCCAAAAAGAAAUGCCAGGUGGAGGAUAGUGAGAAGGCCAAUGGAGUGGCAAGCCGUUCAGCGCCCACAGAUAAGAACCUGCCCAACAGCUCCUGCGUGGAAGUGGAAGUGACCCCGCCCAUGAACGGAACCGCAGGACAGGAAGGGGAAACGGCUGAGGAUGAAGAAGAGGAGGACCAGCCUCUGAGCCUGUCCUGGCCCGAAUCCAACCGAAAGCGCUUCACCUACCUCUUCAUCAUGCCCAUCGUCCUGCCCCUUUGGCUAACUCUGCCUGAUGUCAGGAAAACGACAUCUAAGAAGUUUUUCCCCGUUACGUUCCUGGGUGCCAUCUGCUGGAUUGCAGCCUUCUCCUACCUAAUGGUGUGGUGGGCUCACCAGGUUGGAGAGACCAUUGGGAUUACAGAAGAGAUUAUGGGUCUGACUAUAUUAGCAGCUGGAACCUCCAUCCCUGAUCUCAUCACCAGUGUCAUAGUGGCACGCAAGGGGCUGGGUGAUAUGGCUGUUUCCAGCUCUGUGGGCUCCAACAUCUUCGACAUUACUGUUGGACUACCAUUUCCUUGGCUCCUGUGGUCCCUCUUCAGGGGCCUUAGUCCAGUAAAGGUCAGCUCAAAUGGGCUCUUCUGCGCCAUCGUUCUCCUCUUCCUCAUGCUCCUCUUCGUCAUCAUCUCUAUCGCAGCUUGCAAGUGGCGCAUGAGCAAGCUUCUGGGCUUCAUCAUGUUCAUGUUGUACUUCGUCUUCCUGGUGGUCAGCGUCAUGCUGGAGGACAGAGUCAUCACCUGUCCGGUGUCCAUCUGAGGACACGUCCAUCAUCACCGCCAUCCGACAACAAUCCGUAACAUCUGCUCUCAAUCUCACCUGACCCUUGUGAUCUUUUACACCAGGAGUAAAAUAAAAAAUAAAAAACUGUUACAAUUACUCAAGAUAUUUCUUGGAAACGGGAGACGACAGGAUGGAGUUAACUCAACUAGACUUUGGCUUGGAAGGUUUUGUACAGGCCUGCACUGAGUGGAUUUUGACUUAUUUUUAUUUUGCUGGGAGGUGAGAAGGAUAGGAUUGGCAGGUUGAUGCUAAAAACAGAAGUAUUAUGCAUGCCAUCAGUUUCCCUCGAGGCGCUGGAAUGAGUUCAAUUUUGUGGAAAACAAAUGUGAGAGUUGCAUUGAACAAACCAAGAAAUGCAGUGACUGAGCAGGAGUUGUGAGCAUAUUUGAAGACACCCUGGUUCAACAAACACGCCAUCGCCAAGACUAGAUGUGGAGGAAUUUAUGGCAAACUGGGGAUUUUGCUUCGUCCAUGAUGGUAUCAAGGCUCUCUUGAAAUCGAACUGGGCAAAACUUUUUAUUUCUUCAUCUGUAGUCCACUCUUCCCUCCUCCCUGCCAGUGGUCUCAUUUCAUUUUGGUGCAUUUUUAAUUUCUCAGAUCCAUUUCCACAAGGUAUUAGAAAUAGUGAUAGAUAUGCAGUAAGAGUAUUAGUUGAGCCAUUUUCAUGUUUGGCUUCUUUUUCUUCUUCUCUUGCACACACACUGAUUGUACAGGACCUUCCAUGCUUCACGAGUACCAAUGGGGAGGGAAAAAAGGCAAGUAUAAAGCCAGACUGAAGUUUAGCUUCCAAAUAUACACUAGCCUCAAAUAUCUCGUACCACUCUGGAGGAAAUGCAUGAGUACUUAGGCUCAUUGAAGUUUCAUAACUAAUCAAUGUCAAAAGGUAUACACUUGAAAAGAACUUUACAGUGUUUAAGUGUCACAGUUGACUUAGAUUAGUCAAUGUGUAGUGCUUUGUUCAUAGUAGAACUUGGCUCAAAUCACCACCUAGUUAAGCUGUUGGGUUACAAGGCAUUAAAUGCAUGAAAAUGUUUUUAAAAGACCCCGAAGGGGAAAAUAUAACCUACCAACCAAACAUUUAAGGGGUUGUAUACAAAGUGUAAACUUUUUAUCGAAACCUUUUCUUUACUUGUAUGUAAGAGAGCGUCUACAUUCAUUGGUCAGUGAUACUAACAUGCUAUUGAUUUCUUUUCUAAUCAAAGGUGCUUUUUGUGUGCAUGUGCAAUCUGCAUUUGGAAACACAAACACCAUUCUUUAAUUUUACUCAGAAAUGGAGGCAAAGAAGUUGUGUACUCAUGCCAGUUUGUGUAAAACCAAAGGCCAAAUCCCAUUUACUCCCUUGGUUCUUCUUCACAUUUUGUUCAUUCCUCCAUGGCAGUUGUUGGGUAUUCCCAAAUCUGUUUGAUGGCAUAGUGAAGGAGUAGCGUUAUACUGCUUUUCAAACUGUUUGUUGUAUGCUUUAUAACUACCAUUAGCCACAACUGUGUACCAACUUCUCCAGGGUUUCCCACAUUGCAGUGACCUUCUUCUUUUUUAUGUUUUUGAAUAAAGGGCCAAGGGUGCAAGGCAGGGGUAAUACUAGCAAAUGGGAUUUGGCCAAAGUCUCUCUUUAAUACACGUGUAAAUCACACACUUAAUAGCAAUAUACAAUGUGUCGUCUUUCAGAUUCCCAUCCUCCGUGUCUAAUUUUUGUUCAAUCUGAAUAUCCAGGAUGUAAAGCAGGCGACCAGUUCUCCUUAAACAGCGUUGGUUCCUGUUAGCGCUGGCCAUAAGCACCUGCUUUAUCUCAACACUGCUCCUGUAAAGCAGCGUUCUAAGAGUUACCUGUAAAAUACUAGUAAAUAGUCUUUAAAUGUGUGAGAAAACUUUGCAUGCGAGGAACUUGGGCUGGUUACCCACAGACUGUACAGCAGAACUUAGACCAACUGUAUGUUGACUUUUAUGCACCCGUUCACAGAGAAACACCAAGAAAUCAUUGGCUUUAUUUUUGUAAAUAUGAACUUUUUUGCUUUUUAGCAACAACCAAAUGUUCACAUGUAUACUUUUUAAUUUAUUUUCUUGAAUAGUAGAUUGUAAAAGAACAGAUAUUUUAUGCCUGUGACCCUUUAGUAGCAACACAUUUUGCACCUGAUUAGCACAAAUCAACUGCCUGUCCAUUUUCUGUGAUUUAAAUGAGGGCUUUAAAACAAUAGUUCUGGCAUUUUAAGUGAGUUUCAGUGGAAAGGUUAUUAAGAAUUAAUAAAUUACCUACUUUAGGAGGAGCUUUGGACAACUUCAAUUUGGAGAAAAAGUUGGAUUAUGACUGGGUUUACAAGCUAACUGCUAGCAUGAGCAUGGCCAAAUGAAGUGGACUGGGGCUGUUCUAUAAUACGCCGAUCUCAACAGUUUCAUUUUAGAUUAUGAGAAAGUUACUUUUUCUUUGUCUUGACUUUUAAAUUAUAUAGUUAUUUACAUUAAUUCAUGCAGUUAUUUGUGAUGGGCAAUAGCAGUAGCUGUUUCACAUCCAGUGUAGCUUAAGGCCUUUCAUGCAGGUGUAUUGAUCAACAUAGUUAUUCAAGUACUUUGAGCUCAGGUACUGGGUAACCAUGACAACCAUACCAUUACCAUUUUAUUGAAGGUGCAAACACACCAGUCCCAGUUAACAGACACCUGAUUACAUAUCUAGACUUUCAGCUGGCAUUUUAGAACUACAUAAGAGGAAAUUAACACUUUGUGGGAAGUUUCAACAAUACUUUUGGUCGUUUUUCAGUAAAUAAAGACAAUCAGUUUUAUAAAGUCAAACCUUUAAUUUUGUCCUCUAGCUGUUACAUUUUAAAGCAAAUGCUAAAUGUGCAGAACUAAAUGACAUUAAAAAAAUGUUAUAUCUUUAAACAAAAUUAAUUAAUUUUUUAUAUGAAAUAUAAAUAUUGACCACCAUACAUCUUUAUUUAUAUCCAGUUUAUCAAAUAUUCUACAAAAUCAUUUUUAAGCAUUUUUUCAUAACAUUACAUUUUGUUUGCACCUAUGACAAUAUGACGGCAUUGCACGUGCAAUUCAUUCUGGGUAGCAUAUCUUUUUUUCACAGAAAUAACAUUUUUUGUUCAUUUGAUUCAUUUUGGUUCAUUUGCAACGGAAGUUUUUUCAGAUGAUACUAAACUAGCCUCUCUGUGAUUAGCUGUUAGCUUGUCAGUUUGGUUAGAAUCAAACUUUAUUUCCCCAAACUGAGGCUGACCAGAGAGCUUUCUACAGCAGAUAGGAUGUUAAUUGCUCAAAAACUCUCCGCAGAAACCCCUUUUGUAAAAGAUCAGAACUAUCUAUGAAUACCACAUUGCCUCCUCUGAUUCCACCAGGCUAUACAGCCACUGAUGUUUCUGACAUAUUACAACAGGAUAAAACAAACCCUUCUCUGAGUGGUGUGCUCUCACCUUUUACAUUUUCACCACCCAGAUGGGAUGAGUCCAUUUAUGGUCUCUGCGAUGACUCAUGAUGUUCUUUGUGAAAUAUCCUCCUGUUGCACACUUUGUCAUUAAACCCUCUCCCUCUGAGCGCAUGAACACUCUGGUUAAUGUGAUCUCACCUCAGCUCUACUUUCUUCUCACCCCAUCUUCAAAAGAAUACAAAUGACAGAUCUUUUUUCUUUAUGUUCUUACCCGGGCUUAGAUGAUGAGGUGAAUACUAUUUUCAUGGCUGAGCAGAUCUUAGACUUGACAGAAUUACUUACAGGGAAAAAAUAGUGAGAAUUAUUGUCUAAUUUGCACGUUGGAUCUUAUUUAUUAAUCUGCACUAAAUCCAAAAAGUGAAAACUCUUAAUCUCCCCAUGUUACAAUAGUGAAAAAGCUUUAAAAGUGUGACUGUAACAUGUUAAAAUAAGACAUUUGAAUGUAAUGACUAGUACGAUUUUCCCCUCCCUGAUUAAACCCCCAAAGCCCCACGUAACGAGACACUUUACAAAUGUUUAUUUUUUUGAGAGUGAUCAAAAAUACAAAAUAAAUAAAGACGUAUUUAAAAAUAUCAGAUUGGUUUAGCGCAAGCGCUUGACAUUGAUUGUGGUUUCACCAAGUGAAGGUUAGCCACUAAUGAACAUUCUUGCACUGUAAAUGUUUUAUUUUCUUGGUGUUAAUCUAAGAUUUAUUUAAAAUGUACAUUCAAUGUAAACAGAUAGAAAUGAUCCAUAUAAUCUAUAUGUGUAAAAGAAACAUGUCUCUUUAUGUAAAAACACAAAAUAGUUAAUAUUAAUACCAAUAAAAACAAAUAAAGAUGCUAAUUCAAAUAUGCAAAA